AUGAGCCCCAGAGCUCUUUCUUCGCCGCUGCAUGCCGCCGCAUGUUGGUCUCGUUCAUCGCUCCGGCCGAGGCCAACGCGUUUUCGGCCGCGGGGGUCCACCCACCUCCCGUUCCUCCGAUAUCUCGGGAAUCUGAACUUCCCCGUGGGAUACGCACAGGCUUGGCGCAAGUACGCGCUCCACGGCCGCAUCCGCCCCCAGGACGGCCCCCUCGUUCUUGUUCUCGUCAGCGUCCCGCUAGCGGGUGGCGUGACAGCCACACCAGCGUCCUCCCCACCGUCUUCCACAGGGUCGACGGCCCGCCCUCUGCUGUCCCUGGCGCAGGGGCACGUCUGUGCGCCGUCGAAGGUGGCGCGCUCGAUAUGGUCCGCGAGAGGACUGGCAGAUGGGCGGUGCGCGAAAGGCUUGAGAGGGCCGCCCGUGCGCGUGCGCGUUGGUCGCGGUGGCAGCGGCGGUGGCGGGCGUACAUCUAUGUCGCUGUCGCUAGAUACUGGUCUGCCCUCACAAGCCUCAGUAACGUCUCAUUAUGGAUUUGGGUUUUUCCUGAUGCUCGGGAUUGACUAUUUCAAUGGCGAGAGCGUCCCGGACGUGGUGAGCAAGGGACGCGACUGGAAAUUCUGGGUCGAACCACACCUCGUGAACGCUCCAGAAGUCACGAAGCCAUGGCUGGCAGAGGUGACACGGACCCUCUUGCGCUGGAACGGGAUUGACGGUCCUUCAGGAAACUGCUUCGGCGCCCCGUACGCGAUGAACCUGCUUACGGAGGACUGGCUUCAUCAGGAAAAACCCAAAUCCAUAAUGAGACGUUACUGA